CCCCCCUGCUGCUGCCUGUCCCCGUUCGGCGGCGGCGGCGGCGGCGGUGGAGCAGCAGCAGCAGCAAGAAUAACCCGAGGAAGCGGCGAGCAGCGGCGGGGGCGGCGGAGGCAACCCGGCCCGGCCGGCGCAGCAUGGCUAAGCACCACCGCACACCGGCGCGCAGCUCGGAGCCGGUCAUCGAGGUCAAAAGCAAGUUUGAGGCUGAGUUUCGCCGCUUUGCCAUGAAGAGGUCCAGCGCAGGUGGUUUCCAGGAAUUCUAUCAGCUGAUCCAGAGGGUGCACCAGAUCCCUUGUUCGGAUGUCCUCUUGGGAUACACAGACAUCCAUGGAGAUCUGCUCCCCAUCAACAACGAUGACAACUAUCACAAGGCUCUGUCGUCUGCCAAUCCUCUUCUCCGGAUCAUCAUCCAGAAGAGAGCAGAAGCCAACGCUAGCGUCUUUGCCUCCAACUCGCUGCAGCGGAAGAAAAAGGGACUGCUGAGGCCAGCGCACCAACGGGCCAAGCCACACCUGCUGAUCGGCAUGCCCCAGGACUUCCGCCAGAUCUCCUCCAUCAUUGACGUGGACAUCUUGCCUGAGACCCAUCGGCGAGUGCGGCUCCAUAAACACGGCUCCAACAAGCCCCUGGGGUUUUACAUCCGGGACGGGGUCAGUGUGCGAGUAGCUCACCAUGGGGUGGAGAAGGUGCCCGGCAUCUUCAUCUCCCGUUUGGUCAAGGGAGGCUUGGCCGAGAGCACCGGACUGCUGGCCGUGAACGAUGAGAUCCUCGAAGUCAACGGCAUUGACGUGGCGGGCAAAUCGCUGGACCAGGUGACUGACAUGAUGGUGGCCAACAGCCACAAUCUCAUCAUCACCGUCAAGCCGGCCAAUCAGCGCAAUAACGUGAUCCGCAGCAGCAAGGCUUCGGGGAGUUCUGGCAUGUCCACAGACAGCACCUCCAGCCAGCAGACGCCCAGUCCGGCUUCCCAAUAUCUGAGCAAUUGUAGCACAGCUGAGGGGGAAAGUGAUGAAGAGGGAGACCUGGUCAUUGAGAGUGACUUGCCUGCCAGCUGCCCCAAUGGGGGUCUUCUUGACAGCCUCCAGCACAGCCUCUCGCUCUAUAGCUCCCAGGGCUCCCUGCCCUCGCUGAACAGUCACAGUGGCAGCGGGAGCCCCAUGCGUGGCAGCCGAGCGGGCAGCCUCCAAGAGGAUGGCACCAUGAUCACGCUAUAGCCGUUGGUGCCAUCGUCCCUCCUUCCCGUUCUACUUGAAAAAAAACAUUGUUUCUGAGGUCAGUGGGGAAGGGCCCCGUCCUUGACCAUCGGAGGUCAAGUCUAGAGAUCGGAACCAAGGUUCCCCCUCGCUGACCCGGACUUGCACACCACCUUCAUGCUCCAAUGGUGCUUCUUGCAACCAAGGGGACAGUGGCAGUUGGAAGGAGAAGGACCAAUCCAGCUGCCCCGGAGGCUUUCCUUUCCGUGUCCAGAGAGGUCAAGGGUUGGGCCUCCUGUUACUUUCCCCCUUUCCUCUUCGGCUUCUUACCUGGAUUCCAGGCAGUGGGCUGGCCUCAUUCGUCCCCUAGCUCUGCCUCCACCAAUUUCUCAUGAAGUGUUUGAUUUUAGGUGUUUUUAUGAUGACACGUAUCACAGUUAAUAUAUUGCAACAGACUAUUAAACCAUGGCUUUUUUUUUUUAAAGUAGUGCUCCUUCACAUUUUUUUUUUUGGGAAAGAAACCUGCAGGAGAUGACAGCAAAGGAAACCAUCCUGACAGAGAGAGAAGCUGGUCUGCCUGUCUGGGGGAGGGGCACCUCUGUCCAUUUGAAGGGGUGGCUUGGCAAAUUUGGCGGAGGGGAAACCCCCCACCACCACGCCCCUUCCUCAGUCUCUAUGGCAGACAGAUUGGGGGGAAAGCCCCCCCCCCAAUUAGCCCAAAAAACACUCCCAGGGCUUUCCGCAAGCGAGCAAAGAAAUCUGCCUGAGAUAAUACAGAUUAAGUGGCUUAUGCCAGGACCACAUUGAUGAAAAUCCCAAAAUGGUCUAAUUUUCUCCCGUGAUGCUACGAAAUGCCUGCUGGUAGGAAUUGGGUAUAUGUUGGAAGGGCAGUAGACAAAGGGAAAAUGUUUUCAUUUUUUAGAGGGGAGCCACUGUGGUCUGCAGUAAACAGGGAACCUUCAAGCACUUUAAAGACUGACCUUGUAGGUCAGCCACCUGCCUGGCUACAGGUUGUCCUCGACUUACAACAGUUCAUUUAAGGACCGUUCCAAGUUACGACAGCCCUGUGAAAAAAAGCGACCUACGACCAUUUUUCACUCUGACAAUACCUGCAGCAGCCCUGUAGUCACGCAAUCCAAAUUCAGACGCUUGGCAACUGGUUCAUAUUUAGGACGGUUGCAGUGUCCAGGGGUCGCGUGACUUCCUUUUGCAACCUUCUGACAAGUAAAGCCAAUGGGGAAGCCAGAUGCACGCAACAGUCAUAUUAUUAAAUUAACAGCUGCAGUGGUUCUCUUAACAAUUGUGGCAGGAAAGGUGGCAAAAUGGGGCAAAAAGCACUUCAUAAAUCUUUCACUUAGCAACGGAAA